AUGGAUUGUAAACAUCUAGCAGAAUUACAAUCAUCAUCCUCUUCGCAAAUAUCUUCUCCUCCUCCUCCCAACACACAAAUUCCUAAAAUUAUUCAUCAAACUUACAAACCUUCUGAAGAGGAGAAACUUCCUAAAGGAAUGAGAGUCGCAAUGGCUUCAUUCCGAAAUUUAAAUUGUAACUUUGAGUAUCGAUAUUAUGGAGAUCAAGAGGCAUUGCAAAUGCUCAUCCUUCAUUUCGGAAAAGACUCGGAUGAAGUCUAUACGUUUCAACAUUUAAUUCCAGGUGCCUAUAAAAGUGAUUUUUGGAGAUAUGCAGUGUUGUGGAUUUAUGGAGGUUAUUAUGCCGAUGCAGAUAUGGUAUUAAGGGAACCCUUUGAAUCAUGGAUAUUACAAAAUGUAACCUUUGCAAUUCCAGUGGAGUUAGGUCCUCCCUUUUUUGGUUUUAAUAUUGCAUUUAUGGCCAGUGUGCCACGACAUCCUUUGUUGCGAAUAGCCAUGGAUAUGGUCAUUUAUAAUGUGAAAAACAAAUAUUUGCCACUCGUUCCAGGUGAGGAAGAGGAAAAUACUUUUCGAGCGACUUUGGCAGUCACAGGUCCAAUUUUGAUGGGCAAAGCAUUGAAUCGAUAUUUAAAUGACCCAGAUGAAGCUCCUCAUAAUCUUGCCAAAGCAGAAUGUGCACAAAUUCAAGUAUUGGGUUUUUGUCAAGUAUAUGAGGGAGUGGAGUUUAUCUCUACUGUUCCAAAUGUUGAUGAUUUUAGAGUGUGUGAAGGUCAAAGAGUGAUUCGAUUUAAAUACACAGGUUAUGAUCGAGAACAUAAGAAAAGUGGAGAACUCCAUUAUACAGAGCUUUAUGCUCGACGACAAGUGUUUGCCUAA